AUGACCGCGCAGACUCAAGGACCACCCAUUGAGGUAGCAACAGAGGUCAACAAUGCUGGUGCUGCUCCUGCUCCCGCUCCCAAGAAGAAAUAUGUCCGAGUCAUCACGGAUAAACGCCGUGAGCAGAAUCGACGGGCACAGAAGGCGUACAAGGACCGACUGAAAAGGAAAUUGGAGGAGCUAGAGGGCCGGGCUCAAAGUACGGCCGGCGCGCAGGAUGCGUCUUCAGCGAACGUUCAGCCUACUCCAGUGACUGGUCGACUAAGGCAGGCCCCUGCAGCAAGUGUUCAACAUGCCUCUUCUGAGGCAACUACUGAUAGUCAACACACUUCCUCUACCCAGCCAACAUCUCCUGACAAUUCAGAUCUUAUCGAGCCGGUCUAUUCCUCAACUUCAGUUCAGGCCCAGUCCAACCCAGACCCUCAUGUUAUAAACCUCGGAGAUGCAUUCGUCGCGGCAGGAGAUUUACCCUUCGCUACGGGCUCCGUGCCAGGACUGGCAUUCCUCGGGCAAGAUCUCUCGACGCCAGCACCGACACCGAAGUCGUUUCCGGACACUGAAAAUGAAAUUGGCCAUGACGCCGGACUAGUGCAUCACCACGUGCAUGAGAACUACGGCGAGUUGGACCUGCGGCAUAUAUGGGCCUUGCCUCCUCGUUCGCCGUGGCAAAAUUAUACUCCGUCCGGCAAGAAGGACAAGAAGCGCUCAUCAACGGGCUCAGCGACGGCAUUGAUCCGCGCACCGCGAAGCCAAAGCAGUUACUACUCUUCUCCUGGUGGGAUUGGCAUCAACAGCGGCCCUCGAUCUACCUCUACCGGCAUUUCCAUGCCGGUGCCGAUCCCGGACCCGUACGCAAACCACAUGCGCCUAUGGGCGGAAGAUAAUAUCGAAGCGGCCAUCGCCAUAGCCUUGACAAUCGGCAUCUCACGUAGCGAGUAUAUCAACGACCACCCGAGCAGGUUUCCCGGGUGCUAUGUCGCACUCAACAGACCACGUGACACCGCCGUUGCCCGCCCGGUAAAGUAUAUGUUCGACGGCGCAGGGCAGGGGUGGCGCAAUGGUAUGGAGGUGACGAAGGAGCUGAGCGAGCAUAUGGAUCUCGUGAAGCCUGCCCUCAGGCCAACGCCGGGACAAUUACUCGAGCCGCAUCCGAGUUAUUUGGAUUGUAUUGUCUUUCCGUGGUUCAGAGAGCAUGCGGUGAGGGCGAGUGUGGCUGGGAAACUGGACCAUGUGGAGUUGUUUAUGGAUAUUAUGAAUGGUGGAUUGGUCUGUUGGGGUGCUGGCAGUGGGAUGGCAGGGAGGAUAGGCAAGAGGGGUGUUGGGAAACGAGGGAUGCAAGAAAGUGUGGCGUGGGAUACAAGGAGUUGGGAGGCACGGCGGUGGUUUUUGAAGAAGUGGGAAUGGUUGGUGGGGACGGAGGAGGAUGAAGAACGGAGAGGUGAUGUUUUUGGCAUUUGGAGGGGGAGUCGGUGGUGGUGGAGGAUGAGAGGGGAGGACGACGAGAGUGAAGACGAUGAAGACGCGGAGGCGGAUGAAGUACAGGAGGAGAGUGAGGAAGGUAUAUGGGAGACGGCAGGGGUGCGAGAAAGACUUUGUGAUCAACAAAGGUUGAGUGAGAUUUAA